AUGUUCGCCAGCGAAAUAAUUUUUGUGUGGAUGGGUUCACGUUCAACAGUCGAAACAUUAACACCAUUUCCAAAUUUUUGUAGAACGAAUGAAAAUGGCACGGUGAAUAUGCGAGUCGACGAUGCGAUUGCUGAACUCAGUUUCUCCGUUCUGGCUUUCCUUUUCUUCAAGGCGCAAUGUUCAAAUUGGCCUCGUUUUUAA